CUGCCAGUUCAUUCUGUAUGUUUCAGUCGUGCACAUUCGUUCAAGUCUGUUGUUCAGUGAUAAAUUCUUCAAACAUUUACUUCAAUACUAUUUCUAAAGGAAACCAGAAGUCAUGGAGAACGACAGUACAAAUGUUUCACCUAUUGAAUUCGUCAGAAAUGUGAGAUAUUAUUGGUCCGUUGAAACUAUGGCCGAUUUUCUGAAGAAUAAGUUGCCGCACAUGGAUUUUCAUGUGGACACAUUGUAUUAUGAAGGAAAAACUGUUCUGCAAUUGUUGGUGGGUGGUAAGACACAACACAACUCCAGGGAGAAAUCAAUGAUGUGCCUUCUUUUGAAACAUGGUGCCAGUCCAUUGAAAAAACUUGGAUGCGGUGGAACCAUUAUUGAGAGUAUUUUACAGAACGAUGAUUCUGCCUUGAUCAUCGAGUUCUUGAAAUAUGUGGAGGACAUCAAUAUGAUCCAUGGCAAAAGCACCGCGUUGCAUAUAGCUAUUAGAAGAAAAUUAAAGGAUGUGGUAGAAUAUAUUAUUGGGCGAAAUGCAGAUGUGAAUAAAAGAACUUGGACCGGGUGUACACCUCUGCAUGACUCAGUAAGAAGCAAAAGUAUUGAAAUGAUGAAAAUCCUUCUAGAAAGCGGAGCUGACAUGGAAAUCAAAGACGUAAUGGUACAAACACCACUUCAUUUGGCUGUUGAGUACAAUAAUCUUGAUCAAGUCAGGACAUUGAUCAUGAACGGCGCGAACGUAAAUUCAACAGAUACUAUAGGAGGCACUCCUCUACACACUCUCUGUUGUUUAAGCUCAAUCAAUUUCGAAUUAUAUGAGUUUCUCCUACAGAAUUGUAACGUGAAUGCGAAAGACGACGAAGGAGCCACACCGUUGCAUUAUUUGAUGAGAUACUUACCAUUUAACUCAACAACAGAGAAAAGAAAAUUGAUAAAUUUAUUUUUACAAUAUGGCGGGAAUCUACACGAAUCAUAUGAAUUCUUAGGUACAGUAUUACAUGCUGCGGCCUUUUUUAACCCCUCAGUACCUUUUUUAUUUAUUUAUUUUUUUUAUUUAUUUAUUUAA